GGUCAAGCAUAGCGAUACUCCAUCGCGGACUGGAUAGAACCAACAAGGAUCAUCGAUCAGACGCAUCAAGACAUCAGCAAGAUGAGCACUACCGGCGUCGAGUCGAAACAGUCUUCUAGUGCCAGCCAGAGUCGCACUAGGUCGCCGUCUUCACCAGCACCAUCCUCUAGGAACAAGAAGAGCCGGACUACGACGGCUUGCCUGCCAUGUCAAAAAAGGAAGAGUCGGUGUGACUUUGUCACGCGGGCAGGCUGUCAUCGCUGCAGACAGCUCAAGGUAGCCUGCGAGUUGACGGUGAGCGAGAGUGAAGAAAGAGAGGUUUUGGAGAAGAUCAGUGGGGUCGCUCAAGGACAUGCGGCGGGGCCAUCGGGAGGAGCUGUACCAGGAUUGGUAGCGGGGACCAGUCGAGUACACGCCGGGACAUAUGCACAGGACCUAGGAUGGAACAAUGGCUUCACCAGGCAUCCGGACGCAUACAAUUCGUAUGAUUCGAACAAACACGCUGGGCCUUCAUCAACUCUUGUACCUCCUAGCCAUAUCGCACCACCCUUGCCAGGCUUCCAACAUCGAUCAUCAGUCUCAACUGGCCCAUCCUCCGCUGAUGACCCACUCGUCGAGAUCACAAACCGCAUGUCCCGCAUGGAAUCCAUGCUGUCUUCUCUCGUCUCGUCUUCGAAAACCUCCCCUCCGGCAACAAUCCCUUCUCCUCAGUCUAUUCCGGCUUUGAGCGAUCCUCAUCUCGAGGUCGAACGUGGGGAAGAGGCGGUUAGGCUCGACCUGGAAUCAUUCGAAGCGAGGAACGGACACGUCAAGGGCGGGUGGACUAGUAUACUUGGAUGUCUCGUGAGCGGUCAGACGCAUGGAUAUCUGGAUGUGGUGGAAAAGGGGAUCAUCGAGCAUAGAGAGUUCGAACGGAUUUGGGGGAUAUUCAAACCGAUCUUCAUCACAAUCUAUCCGUUCGAGACCUUCCUCGAUCCUUCAUCUCCACUGCCUACGCAUCCUCUGCUCCGAUGUGCCUUGCUCUACUUCACUUGGCGAGCCUCUCCACCGGGAACGACCGACCUCGACUCGAGCGGCGUAAAGGAGCUCGAACGUCUAGUGGAAUAUAACGUCGGGAUGACCAGUAUGGUAGAACCGGACGAAGACGCCAUCUUGGCCCUGGUCGUCUUGUCUCAGACGGCAACCCGGGAGAACGAGAGGUUUUUACGAGUGGAAGAUCCGUUCGGAGCAGGUGCUGCUGCGCACAGGAUGGCAAUAGCAAUAGGGCUCGAAGAGAGCGUGGAGAGAUCUCAGCAGGAGCCGGUCGAUUAUCUGGGCGAGGAGUGGAAUCGACCUAUGAUCUCGAGGGUCUGUCUAUGGUUUGCGGUGUAUCACCGACACUUGUGGAGCACAAUCUACGCGAGCCCGACCAUCCUUCCCAAACGUUCCGAGCACGACUCGUUGCUCUCAUUCAUCUCGCCCAUGACGGCCGUUUUCAUGGGUGAUCGAAUGUUGGUGCACUUGACCUUCGAGGCGCAGAUGUUCGACCUGGUCGGACCGAUAGCCCUAGAGCUCCGAAAAUCGAGGACCUGCCGAGUAUACGACCCUUUUACCCACGAAAGGCUCUUUCUUGGGCUGGAGGCCGCGGUCGAAGGUCUGGAGAGGUGGAGGCGGGACGUGUCUGCCGCCAAGAUGCCGUCGAGCUCGGCGUUGGUGCUCGCCUCACAUCUACUGGAAUGCAUGGUACUGCUGAAGUCAAACCUCGAAUUGCACAUGAGGCUACCUUCGCCACUCUUGGUUCAAGGAGGGCAAUGGAUGGCACGAACUGGCAGCUUUUUCCUAAGCCAAGUCCCGAAAGCGAUUGACCGGAUUUUACAAGAUCAGACGGACUUUGCCAGACUGCCCGCCAGGUACAUCCUGUUGACGUUACCAUGCGUCAUGGUGGUGGCACGGGUCGGUGGGAUCAAAGCAUCCUGGGUACCCAUACAUCCCAUCUUCGCGUCCAUGCAACAGCUGGGACAAGUCUCUCAUCUGAUGAGGGCGGCUUGUCCAGCGGCAGCCAGGCUUGUCGAGAUCAUCAGAGUCGUGUCGUCCGUGCGACAUCUAGACGAACCGGAAGGCGAAGAGGUUUCGCAGCAACACGCACAACAAGGUCAUCAAGAGACUUUGCAGCAACAGAUCGGCAAUCUCCUGCAGGCAGGAAACUGGCCGACGGAUGCAGCUGGGCCUGAUCUCUUGCGAGACUUUGCGGCCGAUACAUAUUUCGGCUACCCUUUCGACUUCAAUUUUGACUUUGAUAUGGCGGACGUCCAGAUGGCAAUGACGGCCGGUCAGGGGUUGUGAACGACGACAAGCUUUGCACGCACAGCCAUCGGGGAGGAUUAUCAUGUACUGCCCUGCUGAAGUCCGUGGGAUAUACUAUAGAAUUGUCCAGUCGGGUGGCUAUCAAUGACUAUACCCUCGUGCCUUUCCUUUCUGCUUCAGAUCUUGCUCGGCUGGCACCUGAGCAUCGCUCGCGGGUUCCAGCGUUUCGCUUUGAGGUAUACGCGACUGUCAUCAUCAUCGUCAACGCG